AUGCCAUAUGUAGGACAGUUCAAGGCGAUCGCAGUCCUUCUGGUCGUACUCUGCACGUUCGCUUCCUUCUUCUACUUCAGAGUCUGGUCCAGUAUCGACAUCAACAAUGACAACGCCACCCCUCACCCUACUGACGCCAAGGGUGAAUCAUCAGAGUCUGUCAUCUUUCGCCAACAAUACCAUCACCAACAUCAGCAACAGCACCAGUCAACACAGAAUAAACCCAAGCAGGAAUCUCAACAACCUCAGAAGGGCCAGCCGGACCUUGCUGAUUCAGGAUCUGAUGGCACCGGACGACCCUUCCUUCUGCCAGAGACAGAGCUCCGCCCAAUGAUGAAGAAUCCGUCACAAGAGAACAACAUCCCCUCCGACUCCACAACAACAACUACACCUGUAUCGCAAUCACAACCGCAAUCACAAGACCGACCUCGCAAGAACCGGAAGCAGCGCGAAAAGGAGCGUCUGAAGCAAGAAAAGGCAGAACAGAAAAUACUCAAGGAGGAACGCCGUCGGAGGAAGGCUGCAAAGUUGUUGAGGUUACAGCAACUGGAUAAGGAGCCCUACCCAGCCCUGAUCAGCACUAACAGCGCUAGAGUCGCCGCCCUGAACUUGAAGGCCUUUGCAAAGUUCUGUCACUCCAAGGUUGCACAAGACCGGAUCGCCUCCUUUGCUGCUGCUGCUAGCCCGCAGGAUGGGUCUUUGUCUUCCUCUUCUGCAGCUGUUGGUUCAGAAAUGGAUUUUGCGUCGUACGAGGACUGGACUGACUACAUUCACAACAAGAACACCGGUCAGGAACAGGAACAGGCGACUGAACCAACUACAACAGCAGCAGCAUCACCGGCCCAGAAUCCAAAUUCAUCUGGCUCUUCAAUAACACCAUCAGAACGACAUGCACAGAAUGCACCAGCAGCGGCAACAGCAAACCCGCCCAAGCGACAACAUCGCCUGCAACAACGACCUUUAUUUAUGGAACGACCCCUCCGAGGCUGGAUCAUCAACCACACCGCGAUAAUGGAGCCCUGCAACAGAACGAUUCAUACCUCUGCUCACUGUUUAGACUACCUGACAAAGGAGCACCUCUACCUGAUCCCCUCGCGUGAGGCUCGCUCCUGGCCUAACCGGAUCCAAAGGCGCCCUUCACAAGUGGUUACAAGCGAGGAGGACGACAUUGAGGUGGAGACAACUGCCGAAGGGUCAAUUAUUGACGGGUAUCAACGAGAGACCGUAUCAGGAACUGACGGUAGAAUUGUCACCACCACUUCAACAAUCACGACAACAACAACCAUUACCGGUCAUGGCGGAGUGGGAGCAGAGGAUGAGCUGGAGGAGGCAGGGAUGAUGGAUUUCCAUAUUUUUUGGCAAGGGGUCAUCACGGACAAACUGUCGCUCUCGGCACACUCUUUCCUCUUCUCGCAACCCCUGGAUCGUGCCCGGCUACACUUGUGGAUCGACUCCUCAAAUCUCCCUGGAGGCGUGGCAGAGGACUAUCUUCAGAACAACUUUGCCAAGGAUCUCGUCUUGGAGCCACUGAACAAAUACAUCAAGUUCCAUGUCUGGAACCAGGAAGCACAACACGCAUUCGCCUACCCGCCACCACCACCCUCAGCCGACAGUGACGAUCUUGAUCAACCCUCAGAAGGAAGUGAAGUGGGUUCAACGGACAAUAAACCCACCACCACACCUAUCACUCCGCCAGUCGCCCUCUCGGACGAGGCCCGGUUCUUGAUUCUCAACAGAUACGGAGGCAUGUACCUGGACGCAGACGUGCUACUUCUCCGAGACAUGUCGCCCUUCUACGACGCUGAGAUGGAGUUUGCGUACGAGUGGAGUAACCAGCUGCUGUAUAACACCGCGAUCCUGAGGCUGAACAAAGGCAGCAGUGUCGCUCGUCGGAUCCUGGAUGGCGCCACCAUGAAAGAGAAGGAAAUCCAGGAAAAGCGGAAGGCGAUAAAGGGACAGAAUGUCAAGGUCAAGACUACAAAGGACGGAGUGACAGGUGUGGACCCUCUUCGGUUGAAGAAAGUUGUGCAAGUCAAGACCGAGUAUAAGGACAAGAAGCGUGUGCGAGCCGGCAAGUCCAAAAUAGUCAAGGAGGUCAAGCCCGUGGUACCUUCUGCUCCAACUUCCUCUCUUGCGCGUGCCACUACUGCCGAUACUCCUUCGGCUGACAAACAAGCAGGAUAUGACAGUGGUGAGGACGACGCUCUCGGUUCAUCAGAUGGCGACUCUCUCUUUGCAACUCCUAUCGACCCUGCCGCGAACGCUUCAUCUCGCCGUCAUCAUCAUCAUCACCGUCGUCGAUUGUUUAAGCGUGGAGAGAUGCGACCUAACGAGAUCUAUCACCCAGCCCGGUUGCGCGCAUACUUGCGACCCCAGGACAGUGCGAUCGAGAACAAUGGUCUGGUCAUGAUGCCAGUCGCUGUGUUCGACCCCCUCUGGCUCCGGGUCGACGAUGCCGAGUCCACGACUGGUCUGAAGACUGACCGCGAGACGACAGUUGAGGAUCUCCGGACCUUCCCUGAUGCGUUCAACAGUGUCAGCAACUCUGUAUGCCCACAGCAGCACCUGGCACAAGAAGGAUUGGAAAAGAAGAAGAAGGGCUUCACGGCUGGACCGGAGGUCUUUGUGAUGGGAGCAUAUGCGUAUCAUUGGCACAACAACUGGCUGUCAUCGAUUGAGGAGCAGAGUUGGAUGGGGUUGAUGAAGGAGGCGUACGAGCAGUUCUUGGGGGGAGAGAGGCCCAACUUGUACGGCGAGUGGUUCCACGGCGAUAGCAAUGCCUUCUUGUUUUGA